AGGGAGGGCUUCUACUUGGAACAGCUUUCUCCUAUUCAUCUGGGAAGGAGCAAGAUAUGGAGAGAGAAAGGGCAAGAGCCACUGGCAAAUUCCUGCCUCUCGACCAGCAAGAGUCAGGGCAGCACAGGCCUACCCUUACUGCCUAUUUGUCUGAUCUGGAAUUUCUGCCUGGGAUCAGUGAUCCUCCUUUUCCUUCCCUGGUUACUCUUCAACUGAUUCCUCUGCUUUCUUUCUAGCAACCACCCACAAAGUGACAACUGUGCUGCACAUGGUGCCAUAUAUCACCACAGAGAAGACUACUCCUACCAUGUCUUCUGUCAGUACCUCCAAGAUCUCCAUCUCCAGCGAAGCCAGCCCCACUAGCACCCCCAAAAUCCCACUGACAACAUCCCCUGCUCCUAGCAGCACCCUUAGCACCAGGCUGCCAACUCCUGCUCCGUCUACACUCUUAUUCACCUCGCCCUUAACCUCCACUCCAAAGCCCACACCUACAACACUGAGACCCAAGCCCUCUUCCCUGACAACCAGUGUUCCAGCAGAGUCACCUACAACUGCAUUCUCCACACUUUCCACAGCCAAAACCAGCCUGCUGCCAUCAUCUGUUUCUUCCCCCUUCUCAACUAUAUCCUCGACAGCACUAAGCACAUUGCUUCCUGCAACCUCCACCCACAAAACGACAACUGUGGUGCACAUGGUGCCAUAUAUCACCACGGAGAUGACCACCCCCACUAUGCCUUCCACCAGCACGUCCAAGACCUCCAUCUCCAGUGAGGCCAGCCCCACCAGCAGCUCAGGAUUCCCACUGACAACAACAUCUCCUGCACUCAGCAGCACUCUCAGCACUAAGCUGCCAUCUGCUGCUCCGUCCACACACUCUACCUCACUCCCAACCUCCACACCAAAGCCCACGCCUACAACCCUACAGCCCAAGCCUUCUUCCCCGACAACCCGUGCUCCAACAGAGACACCUUCACCUGUCUUCUCAACACUCUCCACAGCCAAAACCAGCCUGCUGCCAUCAUCUGCAUCUUUUCCCUUUUCAACUGUGUCUUCGACAGCACUGAGCACAUUGCAACCCUCAUCCACUCACAAAAUGACAACUGUGCCACACAUUGUGCUGCCAGUCACCACAGAGAAGACUACUCCAACUGUGUCUGCCACCAGUACCUUUAAGACCUCCAUAUCCAGUGAGGCCAGCCCCACCAGCAGCCCAGAAGUCCCACUGACAACAACAUCCCCUGCUCCCAGUAUCACUCUCAGCACUAGCUUACCAUCUGCUGCUCCAUCCACACUCUUCUCCACAUUGCUCCCAACUUCCACACCAAAGUCCACACCUACAACCCUGUGGCCCAAGCUGUCUUCUCUAAUAACCAGUGCUGCAACAGAGUCGCCUACACCUGCAUCCUCCACACUCUCCACAGCCAAAACCAGCCUACUGCCAUCAUCAGCAUCUUCUCCCUUCUCAACUGUAUCCUCAACAGUACUGAGCACAUCUCUUCCCGCAACCUCCACCCACCGAAAGACAACUGUACUGCAUGUGGUGCCAUAUAUCAUUACAGAGAAGACCACUACCACACCUGCUACCACCAGCAUCUCCAAGACCUCCAUCUCCAGCGAGGCCAGCCCCACCAGCAGCCCAGAAGUCCCAUUGACGACGACAUUCCCUGCCCCUAGCAGUCCUCUCAGCACCAAGCUGCCAUCUGCUGCCCCAUCCACAAUCUUCUCUACUUCGCCCCUAAUGUCCAUACCAGAGCCUACACUUACAACCCUCUCUCCUUCCACAUUUCUCUCUUCUGAGAGUGCUACAUAUUCGUCCUCCACACACAACACCACAUUUUCUUUUACUCCGCCUGGUGAAACAUUUUCAGUAGCAUUUCCUACUGCUGCCUCUGCCAAAUCCUCUCCAGCUGUGAUCCCAAGUCUAUUACCUACCACAAUUAAGUUUGCUCCCAGUAUCACUACUACUGCUUCCACAGAGAUCCCAUCCAUUGAACAGACGUCCAUUCAGACGACGACAUUAACCACCACACGCACCACAUCAGUUCUUUCUGUCACUUCUGGUCUUUCAACUUCCUUGUCUCCUGUUAGGCCAUCAACAGCACCACAAGAGUUUUGUAAAAAAGUGGAAUAUGAAGAAAACAUAACUUACAAAGGCUGUUCUGCAAACAUCACUUUGAGCCGAUGUGAAGGACUGUGUCCAUCUUCAACAAAGUUGAAUGUUGAGAACAUGGUGCUCAGUGCAGCAUGCAGCUGUUGUAGGCCAUUGCAGCUCCAUAAGGAGGAAUUUCAGCUACCAUGCGAAGAUCCAGAUAACCCUGGCAAAAGGCUCACUAAGGACAUUACUGUGUUUGGGGGCUGCGUUUGCAACUUUGACAGCUGCAUACAAUAGCCAGACCUUCUGAUAGCUUCAGAUACAGGUGUUGUUUUUUUGUUUUUAAAUUCUUAUUUUAAUUUUGUUAAACAUUAACAAUUAGUUACAACCUAAUACUUCCAUGGCAACUGCUCAUUGCUGGGAAUUCUGUACUGAUUAUACAGGUUAGCCUUGCAGGGAGCUUCCUGAACAGCUACCUGGAGCAUCAAUUAAAUUAACUGAAUGAUGAAUUAUUCCUAAUCUUGAGGGGAAGGGGUGGGGAGAGAGUGGGCAUGGUUUAGGAGCAAAGACUGUCAGAGUCCAUCUAGCCUUGUUCAGGGCAAUACUUGACUAGAGGCUAAACACUGGCCUGUGCACUGUGCAAUAACAGAAUUUUGACUUUCAAAUAAAGUAGAAGGAAUUGGAUUUGUUAAAUCAUUCCUCAUUGUUUGACCAAUUAUUUUGCCUACAGAUAGGCUGUUAGGUUGACUACACUUGAACUAGGACCUGUGGAUUAGCCCAUUACUGCACAAACGAGGAAAAGAGACAACCAAAGCAAGCCACUGCCCUUCCUCUGAAAGCAGGUGCAGUGCUUGUGCUCAUCUUCUGGAGGCAGCUGCUGUCAGACUGCAAGGUGCUACAUAAGCCCAAACCUCCGUGGGAGGAGGUACCUCUGUGCAUCCUUCAUGUGGGGCAUUUCUCAAAAUUCAUUAACGCAGAUAAGCAGUGGCUUUUGGACAAAGAAGAAAUUUGCAGGGUAAUUGUCUGCUACAUUUUGAAGCAUCAAAAUAGUUACCAAACAAUAAAUCUAAUGGGAAGAAGGUAGUUCACCCAAGCAAUUUCCACUUGCUGCUAGUAGAGAUAAUUUUUUUUUUUUUACUACUAUUUGCAAUUCCAUUGAGAAAGAGUUGUAUAGAAUUUUAAGUGAGUUUUAGACAACCACUAAGAGCCUGAAGCAAAAUACAAACAAACAGAAAGUUUGAGUGAAGUAUUUAACAGCUCAGGUACUUUCUUCUUUUACAGCCAAGUAACUUCUUCCAAAUCCUGCCUGGGUGUAAUAACAGAUGUGUGCUUUUGUAGCCAUGGAAAGCAAUAUAUGAGUCACCAUCUAAGUUGCUAUUUAUGCUUGCAAUGCAGAGAAACAAGGAAAGAGCCAUUGUUCUGAAACAGCUGAAAUCCAGAAAACAGUUAUUUCAAAUUAUGUUAAAGUAUUGUGAUGGGCUACAUCAAUUUACUGUUACAUGUACUCUUAAGUGUUCAUAUGCUCAGCCACUGUCAAAUAUACGAAUGCUUAGGAAGGAAGAUUCUACAUCAAGUUUUCACUGUAGAGUGUUUAUAACACAACCAAAACAAAACAAAAACAAAACACACACACACACACACAC